AUGAUUGUGGAGAAUGGUGUUCACUUCAUUGGUCUUGAAGAAACUAUGAAGACAAAAUAUCAUGAAUCUUGGUUCAGAAGUAUUGCCGGACCUAGGAGUUUUGUGUGGCAGCACACUCCACCUAGGGGGAGAUCAUGUGGUCUCCUACUAGGAGUGAAUGCAGAUGUUCUGGAAACAAUGGAAGUUGAGCUGGGAACACACCUUGUGGUGGUGUAUGGUCCUGCUCAAGUGGAUGAUAAGGAGUUUUUCCUGACAGAGUUUGCCCAGGUUUUAGAACUGUUGGUUGGAAAAAGAUGGUUUCAAAGAGGUGGUGAGGCAGAGUUGGAAUGCAGAGAUCAAAGGAAUUAUUUGAGGGAUGAAGAGAUCAAAAGGCGAAAGAAGAAUAGGAUUUCCGUGCCGCUGAAAGAUGGGGUCCCAGUGACAGGAGAUGAGGAUCUGCUGAGGCAUCUGACUGAGUUCUAUAAAGAGUUGUUUAGUCCCCUUGAGAUCAGCUCUAUUAAACUUGAUGGGAUUAUUAAAGGAUUUGGAGAUAAAUGGUGUGAUUGGGUCAUGAGGACUGUUAGAGGGGGGAGAGUUGCAAUCAAGGUCAAUGAUCAGAUUGGGCCCUACUUCCCAACUUACAAGGGUGUUAGGCAGGGAGAUCCCCUCUCUCCUCUGUUAUUUAACAUCAUUGCUGAAGGGCUGACAAUGCUCAUCAAUAAAGCAAAAAGAUCAAGGGUUGAUUGCUGGUAUGCAGAUUACACUAUUCUGCUGCUGCAAGAUGACCUUGAGCAAGCCAGAGACUUAAAGUUCAUUUUAUACAUCUUUGAGAAAGUUUAUGGCCUGAAAAUCAACUUUCAUAAAAGUGAACUUUACUAUUUGGGGGAUGCUGCUCUCAGGAGCUCUGCAUACAGUGAGAUAUUCACUUGCAGUGUGGGGGAUUUCCCUUUCACAUAUCUGGGUAUUCACAUUGAUGUGAAGAGACCGAGCAAUGCACAAUGGAAGCCGGUGGAGGAGAAAGUGGAAAAGAGAUUGGCUGGCUGGAAAGGGAAUUUUCUUUCGAUGGGAGGGAGGACUGUGCUAAUUAACUCAUGCAUGUCUAGUGUCCCUCUGUACAUGCUGUCAUUUCUGGAAGCCAAGGAGGUGAUUAAAAGAAUUGAUCACUCCAGGAAGAGGAUGCUAUGGCAGGAGCAUCAAGGGAAAAAGAAGUACCACCUGAAAGAUAAACUGAAGUCCAAUGGAAGCAACUUUACGGACUGGUUCCGGAAUGUGAGGAUUAUCCUCGAAGCUGCCAAAAAGGCUUAUGUUUUUGAUGCAGCGCUUGGUGCAGAACCCGCACUCCAAAAGCGUUUUGAGCACCACUCGGCAUAUGCUAUGAUUGGGGAACUGAAUACUUUAUUUCAGACCCAAGCCCGUGCGGAGAGGUAUGAUGCCUCCGAAAGGUUCUUUAACUGCAAGAUGGAGGAGAACAGCUCCGUUAGCGAGCACGUGCUCAGAAUGUCUGGGUACGCCGACCGCCUGAGACAACUGGGAAUUGAGAUUCCUAAUGAAUUAGGCAUUGACCGGGUUCUUCAGUCACUACCACCUAGCUAUAAAAGUUUUGUGGUGAACUACAAUAUGCAAGGGAUGGAUAGGACACUUCCUCAGCUCCUCGCGAUGUUAAAAACUGCGGAGGUGGAAAUCAAAAAGGAGCAUCAAGUGUUGAUGGUCAAUAAGACCACCAGUUUCAAGAAGGCAAAGGGUAAGAAGGGAAAUUUCAAGAAGGGUGGCAAAACUGUUGCCACUCCCGCGAAGAAGCCCAAAUCUGGACCUAAGCCGGAUACUGAGUGCUUCUACUGCAAGGGAACUGGCCACUGGAAGCAUAACUGCCCCAAGUACUUGGCAGAUAAGAAGGCUGGCAACGUCAAAGGUGAAUAUUUGAGUUACGAGUUUGGCACGCAUUUAAGACAAUGUGGAAUUGUUUCACAACUUACGCCGCCUGGAACACCACAACGCAAUGGUGUGUCCGAACGUCGUAAUCGUACUUUAUUGGAUAUGGUACGGUCUAUGAUGUGUCUUACUGAUUUGCCACUGUCAUUUUGGGGUUAUGCAUUAGAGACAGCCGCAUUCACUUUAAAUAGGGCACCAUCUAAAUCCGUUGAAACGACACCGUAUGAAUUAUGGUUUGGCAAGAAACCUAAGCUGUCCUUUCUUAAAGUUUGGGGAUGCGAAGCUUAUGUAAAAAGGCUACAACCUGAUAAGCUCGAACCCAAGUCGGAAAAAUGCGUCUUCAUAGGAUACCCUAAAGAAACAAUUGGGUACACCUUCUAUCACAGAUCCGAAGGAAAAGUGUUUGUCGCUAAGAACGGGUCCUUUCUAGAGAAGGAGUUUCUCUCGAAAGAAGUGAGUGGGAGGAAGGUAGAGCUCGAUGAGGUUAUUGAACCUUCUCUCGAAUUUGAGUGUAGCGCAGCACCAGAAACUGUUCCCGUGCAUCCUGCAUCAGCUAGAGAGGAAGCUAAUGAUAAUGAUCAUGAAGUUUUGAAUGAGACAACUACUGAACUUCGCAGGUCGACGAGAACACGUAAUACUCCUGAGUGGUACAAUGUUCGUGUCAUGAAUGUCAUGUUGUUGGACAACGAUGAACCUGCGAAUUAUGAGGAAGCGAUGAUGAGCCCAGACUCCGAAAAAUGGUUAGAAGCCAUGAAAUCCGAAAUGGGAUCCAUGUAUGAAAACCAAGUAUGGACUUUGGUAGACUUACCGAAUGACCGAAAGGCCGUUGAGAACAAAUGGAUUUUCAAGAAGAAAACAGAUGCUGAUGGAAAUGUUACCGUCUAUAAAGCUCGACUUGUGAUCAAAGGGUUUGGAUUUGUCCAAACUCACGGAGAAGCUUGUAUUUACAAGAAAGUGAGUGGGAGCUCUGUAGCAUUUCUAAUACUGUAUGUGAAUGACAUAUUGCUGAUUGGGAAUGAUAUAGAACUUCUUAAAAGUGUUAAAGGCUAUUUGAAUAAAAGUUUUUCAAUGAAAGACCUUGGUGAAGCAGCUUACAUAUUAGGCAUCAAGAUUUAUAGGGAUGACUCUAAGUCUCAAUCCGGAUACGUAUUUAUU